AACAAUCGCUCCCUUUGUCUCAUAUUUCUGGCACUGAAAUAGAACAUGUUCCAUCAUCUCCUCCUGACAAUGAUCACACCUCCCAGUCAGAUGUUCCCCACCACUUUCAAUGUUACCAUCCAUAUAAAACCUACAGAAUUAAAAGAAGCAUUGGAGUAGCUGUCUGAUUGGGCGUGGGGUUUGUUUUCAAAUAUUUGAACGAGCCAAUGGGAGAAGAGUGGCGUUGCCCCGGCAAUUUCAAAACAGACCACGAAAUAGAUGAAGUCGGUUUGUUUAUGUUAGCUCGCUAGCAAACCAUAACUUGUGUUCCACUAAAAUAGCGAAAAAUUUAGCUAGCUACACUAAAAUAACAUGUCUCAAGUGACUAGAUUACAAAUAGCAAUGGACGCGGAAGAAAUUGUUGCCCAACUUAACAGAAAAGAAUUGCGCAAGCAGCAGUUGAUAGAGUACUUAGCAGCAAAAGGAAGACUGAAGCCACCAAACCCAAAACCUUAUCUUCGAGAUGCCGUUAAAGCAAAGCAGAUCACCAUGUCUACCGUGAAGGAUGAUCUGGACCCGGGAAAAGAGAACCGGGGUCCAAAUGCUCUCAAGAUGAAAAAGAGAGUGGUGAAGGUUCAACCUCUGAUGGCCUACGCCGUUUCCCAAACCACAGGCACCUUCUGCAGUACCACCAACAAACAGAGCUCCGCCAACGGUCUCCUGUCUGCAGCAUCGAGUACCGCACGUCUCAACGUGCUCAAAGGCAUGACAAAGCCUUCUGCGGUUGCCCCAAGUCACUCAACCAGCCUGAAGGCGGCUCCAGCCAGAUCACAAUCCACUGUCCCUACCAAAAGAUGCCCAAGCACCACCAACCAACCCAGAACCCAGCCUAAUCCAGCUGUUAAAGUCAGCAACACACGCCCUAGCUCAGCCAUAACCCUGGCAAACGCUGGUAGAACACAUUCAGCCAACACAACCAGACCAAAGUCAAAUAUUACUGGGAAACCCGCUAACUCUCUCCACACAGCCGGCGCGCGGCCCAGCACAGCCGGCGCGCGGCCCAGCACAGCCGGCGCGCGGCCCAGCACAGCCGGCGCGCGGCCCAGCACAGCCGGCGCGCGGCCCAGCACAGCCGGCGCGCGGCCCAGCACAGCCGGCCCGCGGCCCAGCACAGCCGGCCCGUGGCCCAGCACAGCCGGCCCGCGGCCCAGCACAGCCGGCCCGCGGCCCAACACCGGUAGUGCCAGAAUGAGUCCGAGCACAAUGGUUAAAACCAAGACAAGUCUUGUGUCUGUCCAGGUGCAGCCUAGAAGCACCACCGUCCCUGCUCCAGCAUCAGUCUCCUUCACCCCCCUGGUCUUGAACAGAGCAUGCCCAAGCACCAGCCCAGUCCCAGCUGUGACCCAAAAGCCACCAGUUACUACUCAGAGGAGAACAAAUCCCUUCACUGGCGUGAGUGAGACUAACCAGAGGACAACUGCCUUGGCUGCGGACAAUGGGCAAAGGAGGAGCCAAGCUGUGAGCAGGACUGAUUCCAAACCACUCCCAGAGAGAUCCAGUAAACCAGCAGGGCAGAAACAACCUGUCACUGGACCUAAACCCAUCAUCCAAGGCCCUACUGGUCCUGGGCACAAGACUGCAGCUACGAAGCCAGGUGAUAUUCAGAGGGCUGCAUCACAGCACAGGGCCGAGGCUAGAGGAGCAGGAGCCAGCACUCGGCUAUGGAAGGCUGCCUCUCGAGCCUCCACCGGGAUAACAGGAAGCCAAUGGCAGAACACGGCUCUGAGUAGGGCCAUGCAUGCAGCUGUGGCUGCGAUGGGACAGAAAAGCAGCGCAGAGGAAAACCGAGACAUGGAGAGUGGGUCGGCAGACACCGACACCAAGAAUGAACCCAAUGCUCCAUCGCCCUCAUCAACAUCUCCGGCGUGUUGGCCUAGGCCUCACAGCAGCACAGCAAGUGGUGUGUGGAUCCCCCAGACGGUGCCUCGCUCUGCCAAAAAGUCCAGCCAUGGCCAGGAGGAGGUGGGGUGGGAGGCUGGUGUUGGCCUUAAGACACCCAGAGACCAGGCCAGGGUCGUGCCCAAGACCGAGGGCCGCAGGAAGAUGACAGCUGCCCAGGAAGAGAGAAUGCAGAAGCUCCAGGAAUGGCGUGAGAACAGGGGCAUCUCCUACAAGCGUCCUCCCAUGCCGGUGAGGCCUCCUCGGGUGCGGCGCACCUUGGCCCUUCCUCAGGCUUACUGGGACGGUAUGGAGGAGGAAGUUGAGGCCAGGUCUCUGGUUGAAGCUGUGGACCGGUGCCUGGCUGACUGCAUCAAACUGCUGAAUGAGGGCUGCCAGUCCUCCCAGGUGCAGGAGAUGCUGUCCACUGUGCCCAUGGCCGAGAAAUUCUCCAAGUACUGGAUCUGCCAGGCCCGUCUGAUGGAGCGCCAGGGCAACCUGGAGGUGCUGCCGCUGUUUGAAGAGGCUGUACGAGUGGUGUUAGAGCCAGUAGACGAGCUGCGGACUGUUGUGUUUGAGAUGCUGAAAAAGAAGGAAGAGACACAAGAUCUACCAAGACAAAAAGUGACCAAAGAGUACAUGGAGGUGAAAUCAGGGAUGUUUGCCUCAGUCACAGUAUCUGCCAAGUCAAACCAACCAGUCAUCUAUGUCCAGUCGUUACAACAACAACAGAAAGAAAAAGUGAAUGUCUGCUGGAAUCUAGGGGAUGCAAAUUCUGUUACCAUGGCUUUCGGUUUCCUGCAUAAGGGGAAGAUGUUUUCCCCUGUUGUCGAGGGGAAUGAAAUUAAGCUAGAUUUGAAAACAGACAUGCAGACAGCCAUACUAGACAAGAGAUGCCUGUUCCAGUGGUAUGAGAAGACAGGGGAGUGGGGCAUCCUGAAAUCUGUGGCGGAACCUCAAAAGUACCUCCGUAUCUUCAACAAGAAGGUCACCAUCGGCACAAGUUAUCAGGCGUUUGAAUUUCGGCUGAAAUCAGUAAAUUAGACGUGUGCAUAGAUAGACGGCUUGUUGGCUUCCGUGGUAAUUAAGACUUAAAAAGGGCAAAGUUUUAGAGAAUUAUCCCUUUAAGUAAGAUGAGAAGAACUAUAAAGCUAGCCCCAUCUCUACUGAAGGCACCCUAUUACAGAACUACAGCAAGAGGCUUUGGUUUCUGCCUUUCGAUGCCACAAUUAAAACCACACUUCCAUGUCACACUACUACUGUCUGUAUUAUACACUUUUAGAAAAAGGGUUCCUUGGCUGUCCCUAUAGGAAAACACUUUUUGGUUUCAAGUGGAACCCUUUUGGGUUCCAUGUAAAGGCCUCUGUGGAAAUGCUUCUACAUAGAACCAAAAUAGGGUUCUUCAAAGGGUUCUCCUACAGGGACAGCCGAAGAACCCUGUUUGGUUCUAGAUAGCACCUUUUUUUUGUAAGUGUAUUGUGAAAAAUGAAAGAAGGCGAUCCUCUGUCUGACUACUUGUAGAUGCUGAGGUCCAGCGUGAUGACUCAAUCACAAUGUCUGGCAUUGUCUGGAUGGCUGGCCAUGGGGAGGCUAUCACAGGAUAGAUAAAGAUAGAUCAGUUGUCCUGUUUGCUUUGUUUCAAUAGCUUAUGAAGUUCUGAAUAUUUUUGAUGUCUUACUGCAUUGUAUAUUUUUAGGUGGAUGUAUUCUAAAGGGACUUGAUUGAACUUGUAUAUUGGGUUGACUAUCAGGCACAUUCCUGUUAUCUGGUCAUAACGUUCAAAUUGAAUUGAUUAGAACCUAGUGUGGUGUUUCCUCCUUUUGUUUUCACGAGAAAAGGACAAAGGAAUGUUGAUUCGUGCUUGUGAUAAAGCUCCGUGUGUGUGCAGACAAACAGACUUUUUCUCUUGAGAUUAUACUGGACUGCAGACAUGUGUAACCGCGUUAAGUCUCAGCCUAUUGGUGAUCGUCACGUACUCUAUCGUAGUCUGGAAUGUGUCCUGUCGUGUACACACGUUUUUUUGAGUGUCAAUUAUUUUGACUAAUAAAUCCUUUUGAGUAAAUUCCUAGUUUUACAGAGACAUUUUUUGACAGUACCUUCAUAAUAUUAUGUACACUAUAGGCUACACAACAUAUGCAUACGUUCUAACGUUUACAUCUCUGGUUAUGUCACGUUGGUAGAAAUGGGUCCGGGGACAGGCGCAUGAAUGCGUAAUAGGGUGUUUUAUUUCCCAAAUGACAGUGUGCCGUGU